AAUGAUGGCGCACUGCGCGGGGUGCGAGAGGCCCAUUCUCGAUCGGUUCCUCUUAAACGUUCUCGACCGCGCAUGGCACGCCAAGUGUGUCCAGUGCUGCGAGUGUAACUGCAACCUGACCGAAAAAUGUUUCUCCAGGGAUGGAAAGCUCUAUUGCAAAAUUGACUUUUUCAGGCGGUUUGGUACGAAAUGUGCGGGCUGCUUGCAGGGCAUUUCGCCCAGCGAUCUCGUGCGAAGAGCGCGCAGCAAGGUGUUCCAUCUGAACUGUUUCACGUGCAUGGUGUGCAACAAACAGCUGUCCACGGGCGAGGAGCUCUACGUCAUCGACGAAAACAAAUUUGUGUGUAAAGAGGACUACAUGAGCACGAGCGCUAUCAAAGAGGUCAAUUUAAACUCAGGUCACCUUGGACAGGUGUGGUUUCAAAAUCGUCGGUCUAAAGAACGCAGAAUGAAGCAGCUCAGCGUUCUCGGUGCUCGACGACAUGCUUUCUUCAGGGGACCACGCAGAAUGAGGCCACUCGGAGGAAGACUAGAGGACCCAGACAUAAUGGGCCCUGGAGGAUACAGCUACUAUGGAGAAUACCAAGGCGACUAUUACGGGCCAGUGGUCAGCUACGAUUUCUUCCCUCACGGACCCCCUUCCUCACAGGCGCAGUCUCCUGCCGAGUCCCCGUACCUCCUCACCUCGGGUUCAGGAGCCCUGGAGGGCGGCCCGGUCUCGGCUCUCCACCCUUCAGACGACCAAAGGUUCACGGACAUGAUCUCCCACGCAGAUACCCCCAGUCCUGAGCCAGGCAUGACCGGACCGCUCCAUCCAAAUCCACAAGGGGAGGGUGGCUUCACAGGGGGUCCGAGUCCACCCUUCCCCCUGGCCAACAAUACCAGUUACAGUGGUCCCAUGUCCCAUCCUGGUCAAGAGAUGGGGGAGAACACUGUUUGGUAGGACAGAGAGAGACAGGAAAGACUCUGAACUAUGCACACAGAGGGAAUUCCUUCCUAACUGGUCUACCUUAGUGCUAUGUUACUGAGGGAGGGUUUAUUGGCUGGUCAUGGACCAGAACAAACCAA